ACAGCUCCAACAGUGUCAGCCCUUACACCCAACACUACAGCUCGAACAGUGGCAGCCCUCCAACACUACAGCUCCAACAGUGGCAGCCCUCCAACACUACAGCUCCAACAGUGUCAGCUCUUACCCUCCAACAACACUGCUCCUCCAACAGUCAGCUCGAACAAUGUCAAGAGUGUCAGCACUGGUCAUCUCCAACACUCGCACCUUCUCCACCACAAGUCUCCAACAUGGCAAGAGAAACUUUCGUAAAUUCUUGAUGUACGGCAAGAGAGGAACUAAACAACUGAAGAAGGAGAUGAUGACCAAGCCAGACCCAGAGUUAGCACAGGUGUUUGACCGAGGGGUGCGACCAAUCGGUGAAUUCGCCGGGAAAAAAUUUCAAAUAAUCCCAGAGAUGAUUCCUGAAAUUAUUGUUCCAAAUCUGGAGGGUUUUCAGCUGAAGCCGUAUGUGUCAUACAACGUGCCGGAUGUAAUACAAGGUGAAUUUGGGCCUCAAGAUCUAUUCUACGCAGUGUAUAGUGAGAAGAUCGCUGAAGACUUCAAGAAUAACAAGCUCAACGAAGACGGCAGCCCAGUCGAACCCUCCAAGGAGGAAUUAUUAACAUCAGAGGAGGCUAAGAACCGUGCACUCUCCAUGUGUUCAGAUAUAUUAUAAACAUUCAUAUGUAUAUUUCCAUACAGUAUACAGGUGACAAAAACUUAAACAUCAUGUCUGACAGUCUUAAAUAUAUAAUGUACAUGUAUGUAUAUUGUAUCUCGUACAUUGUUCUAUAUACAGUACAACACAACAUAUAAUGUAUCUUAUACAUAGUAUAUAGAGUACAGCACUAUAUAAUUUAUUUUAUACAUUGUAUAUACAGUACAGUAUGCAAUAUAUUAUAUACAUUUUAGGCCUAUGGUUAUACUUAUCAGGCAAAUUUAAACCGGGACAAAUUUGACUUGUGUCUAGACUACAGCAAGCUGCCCCCACACUCAAAAUUACAAAAUACAUGCAAGACAUAAUGAAAGACAUUUAGAAGUGUACAAAAUGUCGGAGUUAUGGAUACAGUGUAGCUUAUGAUAAUAAAAGGUAAAUUUUCUCUAUAA